AUGCAUUUCUACAACGAAGCGAAACGAUUAUUGAAUGGGCAGGAGGUGAAGCCUAGUAUUACAAAUCUCCAAGGAUUGGGUGUGGUUUAUACAUGCGCCUGUGUUUGCGGGAAAGAUAGACUUGGUUUUAUAUUAUUGGGCCAGAUGGCAGAACAGGUUCGACAUAUGAUGAAGUUUCCUGACAGUAUCGUAGCCAAAGCCGAUAACCAAACCGAAAAUACCGCUAGGGCCGUUUUUCUGACCAUUAUUGGAAUUUCCAGUCUUCUACCAGAACCGCCUGCCUUGCCCUACAAAGAGUAG